GAGAGAAGGAUUACAUCUGCAAAAAUGGUCGAGGCUUUCUGCGCAACAUGGACACUGGUGGAGAGUCGGAACUUUGAUGACUACAUGAAGGCACUAGGAAUUCCUUUUGCCACAAGACAAGUGGGCAAUGUUACCAAACCAGCAACAAUAAUCAGCAUGGACGGGGAUAGAGUGGUGGUUAAAACCCAGAGCAGAUUCAGGGCCACUGAAGUCUCGGGCAAACUUGGAGAGGAGUUUGACGAGACUACAUCUGACGACCGAAAAGUAAAGUCUACCUUUACCAUGGAGGGAGACAAAUUGGUGCAUACACAGAAGUGGGAUGGGAAAGAGACCAUAUUGAUUAGAGAAAUCAGGAAUGGAAAGAUGGUGAUGACGUUAACCUUUCAGGGAGUCAAAGCAAUCCACACAUAUGAGAAGGCCUAAAGUUUAAGGAAGGCGGACACCAUUUAUCCCAGCACAGUAAACCAUCAACAAGAGCUUCUGCUUUUUACCUAAAAUGAAAAAUAUGUAGUUUUUUUUUUUUUUUAAUACUUCAAACAAUGGUUUG